UAAUCGGUCCGGUUGCGAUGUUCGUUCCGAUCCGGGCACUUGCUGAGCGUGUGAGACGGGACAAUUAACCUCAAAAACUUUCGGUACAAAAAGCGGGCAGCCGGUUGACAUACAUGGUCGUUUUUAAGGUUAAUUGUCUCAAAACUGGAAUUUCUUAUGGUGAAACAACCAGCAUAAUAUCACGAACACUACCAGCGGCAAAUAGGUUUAUUUAACGAGAACUGCGAACUGUCACCACAAAAGGAAAUCAAGUCAUUCAGUGUUUUCAUAAAAAUAACGUGCUAUCUUGCGCGUAGUCGGUGUUGGACUAAUCGAUUUAUUUGAUUUCCGCGGUUUAACUAUUUAAAAUAUUAAACUGUAACAAAAAGUUUUUAAAGAAAAUGUCGAUACAGUUGGGCAAAUUGUGUUCCUGCAUAGUGCAGCAGCACUUCGGUGAUACGGUACGAAUGGUGGCCGAUGAUCUGUUUGCGGCCGUGUCCAAAACGCUCCCGAUGAUAAUUAAAAGCACCGGUUUAACGAAAUCUGAGGUGUGCAAAUCGUUAGCUAUUUUGCUAAAAUUUAGUUUAGCCCGAUUCCAGCCAAAUAAAGCAACCACCGCUACGGAGUACAGUUUGGACUACGAAAGAAUACUCAUGAUUCUCAGAUAUCCUCGUUUUGUUCAUUUGAUUCAAACUAAGUACGGUCACGAGUCGGCUAUCCUUACUGAAGAACUUCUGAGAGCCGGCUGUCAAACUGCGUCUCAUGUAAUCCUUAAAGCCACAUCGAUUUCCGAUGUGAAGGAUCGGAACACGAUUUCGAAAAUGAGAGAGCAAUUCACCGAAUUGGUAACGCUCAAUUAUUUCAUUCGAGCCCCGGUAGCGAAGCCCAUCGAGUCAAACAACGAUUUGUUGAUGUCCGAGCACGACGAAUCUAGGCUGUUCCAGAUGCCGGAAUUGGAUCUAAAGCAACUGUUGGACUUGCAUGAACAGAAAUCUACGAAAGUGCCGGACGAAGGCAUCCAUUGGUUGGUGAAUUUGGAAAAAUUUCAUCUCGAUUUUCGUGACUCGAUAAUGAUCGGCUCCGUAGAGCGGUUGAUCGAUACGAAUGCUGGUGAAUGUUUUAAAUUUCUGCUUCAGCUGAUGUACGACCGCACGAAGGCCUGGGAAACGGUGUCCAAUCCGAUACCGAUGGUAGAGCUGAAACAGCUUUGCGAAAAAAAAUCUCCGAAUGCGGAAAUGAUCAAAUUUCUGGACCAGUACGUUGCUGUUAUUGAAUCGGUAAACUUUGUUAGCAAAUUUGGGGAUACUGGUGGGGGUCAGUACACGGUCAAUAUGAAAAAGAUAAUGGAACAGCUCACUUGGAGCUGUAUCGAUAACGUUAUAACGGAAAAGUAUGGAUCUAAGGCGGCUCGGAUAUUUCGCGUUAUUCGUUUGAAGAAAUACAUCGAACAGGAAGAUAUUCAAAAGGAAGCUAUGGUCCCGGCCAAGGAGGCUAAGCAACUGACCUACAAGCUGCUAGAGGAGAAUUUUCUACAAAUCCAGACAUUCCGUAAACCGGGAGGAGGCAAUGCAGGUGCUCCGAAAUCGUUUUUCCUGUUUUUCGUCAAUCAAACGCAAAUUGUGUCAAUGCUGCUGGAAACUUGCUACAAGGCCCUGUAUAACUCCAUCACUCGAUCUACUCACGACAAAACCGUGAAUAGGCGGUUGAUCGAGAAAAGCCAGCGACUGGACAGCAUCGUAGAAGCGAUGAAAGACCGCGGCGAAUCGGAAGAGUACAUAGCCGAGAUAUUGGAAACCUUGACGCCACCGGAGAAAGAAAUCCUACAGAAAGUUAAGAUUCGAGUGAAGAGUUUGUACAGUGCCGAAAUCGGUAUUGAUGAAAGCAUUUUUCUGCUCAAAUUGUACCAGCAGUAUCAGAAGAAAUAAAAUUGGGCUGUCACUGAAA